CAGAGCACUGGAACAGGCUGCCCAGAGAGGCUGUGGAGUCUCCUUAUAGAUUAUAAAGAAGAAACAGCUGUACUGAUGUUUUACUUUCAGUUAGGAGGAGGUUGAGCUGUUCAGUAUAGCUGACAGGAGAAGCAAUUGGAUGAAAUCUUACCUGGCUUUGGAAGUCCAUAUUUUUUUUAGGAUAAUGGUUUGCCCAGUGAGAGAUUUCUUGAGGCCAGCCUGGUAACUUCUGUUUUCUGUAGCUGCAAAGGAUUGUUCUGAAUCCUCAUCUUUGGCUUCUUCACUCUGCUCCUCACUAGCACUGCAGAAAUCAAAAAGAUGUGGAGGGGAUAUUAUUGAAAAGUUUUGCUUUCUCCUUCACUUGAAUUUCAGCUUCUUGAGUCAGGGUGAGUUGUGCUUAAUUAUAAAUUAAUUGGAACAACCAAAAUUAGAGCUGAACAUGGCCUUCUUCCAGUAGCUGGAAGCUCAAUGACAGCUUUGUUAGAUCAUUAGUGACACUGGGCCUAUAGCUAUAGCCUAACUGUACCUCUAAAAACUCCUCAAAGUUUUUGGGAUGUUCUAAUCAGAGACUCCUUCCUACUGUUGACACUUCUAGGACCCCUUCUAACGGAUGUGUCAUGUUGGAAUGCAUAUAUGCACACAACAGUUCCUGUUCCAGAUUUUUAAAUGGCAAAAAGAGCAGUAUGGUCUGGAAAUCACCAACAAUGGUCCCAUCACAACAGGAGCUCAAGCUACUCUUCACGCCAUUCUGAGGACGAAGAACGACAGCACUGUAUCAAACUUGUAUCACUUUAACUGGAUUUAUGCUCCUCUGAUCCUGAUAGAGAAAUCCGAGCAGCGGUUGCACUCCGUAAUUAACGUGACUGGUGAAUUUCCUGGGGCUUUUCCUGUAUCUGUCUGGGUGACUCACAGAAACUGCUGGUUAUGUCGGCCAGUUGCUAGGAACGUCACCAUGCUUCAGAUCACAGAAUUUGUCACGGGGAAUCUUACCAUUGCCCAGAUAGAAGACAGCAGAUUUAUCAAGCAUGGUUCCAGCUCUUCUAUGGGUGCUGUGACACGGAUUUCUUUCUGUCUUCAUGAUCCAAGUGAUUACUUCAAGUCAGCUUCAUUUGUCUACAACUGGGACUUUGGAGAUGGAGUUUAUCAGAUUACCAAGGAGCCCUUUGUCUACUGCAACUGCUCCACCACGGGGAAUCGCACAGUGCAUCUCAAAGUCGUAGCAGAGUGGGAGCAAAUUGGAAGCAUCAUACAUGAAACAGAAACUGUGCAGAAAACUGGUGAUUUUACCACUGCUUUGGAGCUGCUAGAUGCUGUUAAAAGCAUUCACGUAGUGGGCUCCAGAGAGACUCACGUCAUGGAGAACUUGAGUUUAUCUCUUCACAUCAAUGGCACCCCCCCGCUGGCAUUAUGCUGGCUUAUCAAGUCCGAGUGCAUUCCAUUAGAAGGCGAGAAGUGCCAUCUGGUGGUGAUCGCCGGCUCCUGCUACAACCUCAGCCAUACCUUCAGCGACGCCGGGCAGUACUGCCUCAGCGUCCGGGUGCAGAGCGGCGUGACGAUGCUGCAGACCUACCAUGAAAUAAAAGUGCGGCCAGCAGGAAUCCAGCCAGCCUUCUUUGUCCUGCUGUGCCUCGCCCUGGUUUCAGUGAUGGUAGGACUGGUGCUGUACACGACCUUUCGAAGUAACACACAACAGAAAGACCUUGUGGAGGUAGCUGACUUUGACUUUUCUCCGCUGUCCGAUAAAAGCCUGUCUUCUCAUUCACAGUCAGGCUGUGGCCAAGUAUGUUGCAGAUCAUGUUUUCUUCAGUCAUCUCAAGAAGCUGACAGGGAGAGUCAUGAAUUUCUACUUUCUUUCUACAAGCCAGUCAAAAUGUACACGGUGUGAAGAACACAACUGCACUUUGGUUACACUGACUCCAAGUUUAACUUUCUCACGUGUGAUGAGUUACAAGCCCAGUGCUGCAUGAAUGGUUUCUUUUUGCCAAUGCUAUGAGGUAAACCACUUCACCAAGUCCAGCACUUGAGUGUUUCAUUAUAUAAUCCAAAAAAGAAGGAGCCUGAAACACAACAGAAGUAAUUUUGUAUUUUAAAAUUAUACGGAUGUAUACAUUUACAGCUGUGAAAGCAGCAUUUUAUUCUUAUGAAAGAUUAUUUUAUGCGCAGGUUUGCUCAACUCACUACCUCUUGUAAUUUCUCUGUUCCUUCUGCUGUAUGUUUCAAAAAAGAAAAUGCUUAA